AUGCCUGACUUUCCAGUGAAUCCCAAGCCGUUUUUGCAGCAGCAAAUUGGGAAAAAGGUCCUAAUCCGGCUGAAAUGGGGUCUUGAGUACAAAGGUUUUCUUGUAAGCACAGACAACUAUAUGAACUUCCAGGUGCGUUGGAUGGGCAGGAGAUUGAGUUGCUCAUACACACAGCUUGCGAAUACGGAGGAAAUUCAGGAUGGCAAGUCGAACGGAACACUUGGUGAAGUAUUCAUUCGAUGCAACAAUGUUCUAUACUUGCGUGAACUGAAUGAAGACCCAUGA